AUGCUCGGCAAAAUCGCCCUCGAAGAAGCCUUCGCGCUCCCCCGCUUCGCGGAAAAGACCAAAUGGUGGGCAGGGAUGUUCGCCACAGACACAGAGAAACACACAGCAGAAAUCAACGACGUCGGUCCAAUCCGCCUAGACUUCGCCGAGAAAUACGGCGUCGGUCUCCAGAUCCUCAGCUAUACCGCGCCAGGUGUCCAAGAUAUCUGGGAUGCAAAGGAUGCCCAGGCUCUCGCUGUUGAGAUCAAUGAUUAUAUCGCCGAGAAGGUGAAAGCGCACCCAGAUCGAUUUGCUGCUUUUGCCACCCUCUCCAUGCACGAUCCCCAAGAAGCAGCCACCGAACUCCGUCGCUGCGUAACCCAGCACGGCUUCCUAGGCGCACUAGUAAACGACACACAACGCGCCGGCCCAGACGGCGACGAGAUGAUCUUCUACGACAACGCCAAAUGGGACGUGUUCUGGUCUACCUGCGAAGAACUAGACGUGCCCCUGUACCUCCACCCACGCAAUCCAACCGGAACAAUCUACGAGAAACUAUGGGCAGAUCGGAAAUGGCUAAUCGGGCCACCGCUGUCAUUCGCGCAGGGCGUUAGUCUACAUGUGCUGGGGAUGGUGACGAACGGUGUUUUCGAUAGACAUCCCAAGUUGCAGGUUAUUCUUGGGCAUCUUGGGGAACAUAUUCCGUUUGAUAUGUGGAGGAUUAAUCAUUGGUUCGAGGAUCGGAAGAAGGUGCUUGGGCUUGGGGAGACGUGUAAGAGGACGAUUCGGGAGUAUUUCGCGGAUAAUUUGUGGAUUACUACUUCCGGGCACUUUUCGACUACUACGUUGAACUUUUGUUUGGCGGAGGUUGGCGCGGACCGCAUUUUGUUCUCGAUUGAUUAUCCUUUUGAGACGUUUGAGGAUGCUUGUGACUGGUUUGAUAAUGCGGAGAUGUCGAAUACUAAUCGGUUGAAGAUUGGACGGGAGAAUGCUAAGAAGUUGUUCAAGUUGGGGGCUUACAAGGAUAGUGAGGCUUGA